CCAAACUUUGAUUGCAGCCAGAAAACGCCGUGAAACCUGAGAAAAGCAGUUAAAACAUUUUUAAAGGAAACAUGAACAUUGAAGAAUAUUUCACAAGAACUGGCUACAAAGGCUCUCUCGAAAAACUCGAUUUGGAAACGUUAACCGCAAUCUUCCAGCACCACAUAUGGGCUGUUCCAUUUGAAAACCUCAGCAUUCACUGUGGGGAAACCAUAACUCUGGACCUGGACCAAGCUUACAACAAAAUUGUGAAAAAGAAGCGUGGAGGGUGGUGUAUGGAGAACAACCAGCUCUUGUCCUGGGUUCUGAAAACACUGGGAUACAACACCACCAUCUUAGGAGCCUAUGUUUACAACCCAAAGCAAAACGUCUAUGGGACUUACAUGACCCAUCUUAUUGUCAAGGUGGUCAUCGAUGGGAAAGCCUAUAUAGUUGAUGCUGGCUUUGGUGUCUCCUACCAAAUGUGGCAACCAAUGGAGCUGGUCUCGGGCAAAGACCAGCCUCAAACCCCAGGGAUUUUUCGCUUCACAGAAGACAAUGGUAUUUGGUACUAUGAGAAAAUCAGACGGAAACAAUACAUCGCCAACCAAAGCUUCUCCAACUCAGAUCUCCUAGAAAAGCAGGAGUGCAGAAAAAUCUACUUGUUCAGUCUUGAGCCACAGACAGUCAAAGACUUUGAGUUCCAGUGUUCGUAUCUCCAAACCUCGCCUGAUUCCUUGUUCACCAAGAAAUCCAUCUGCACCCUCCAAACUACUGAUGGGUUUCGAGCCUUGAUUGGGUGGACACUCUCCGAAACAAGAUACAACUACAAGGAGAACAUGGAUCUGGUGGAAUUCACGACGCUGAAAGACGAAGAGGUAGAGGAAACCCUGAGAGAGAAAUUUGGGAUAACUCUGGAGAACAAACUGGUUUCCAUUGACAUCAAAGGGAUGUACACCAUCUAACAUGGAGAGUGCAUGAUCUGUCAUCUCUUUAACCCAGCAUAGAAUAAAUUGCAGCAAAAUUAAAGCCUGAACGCAAAAUCACAGGUAUGCCAUAAUGUGCAAAAUAGGAUAACUUGUACGUUGUGUUCUCACUGGCAAUAAUUAAUGUGGAAAUGCAAGCCCAUCACUGCAUUGAAACCUGGUAAAAAUUUCUAAGACAAUGC